ACUGAUGCCAUAUUAAAGCCCGCCGCCCUCCACCCACACCAUCAAUCUGAUGUGGAGAUCGAAGAUAGGAGGGCUCACAUGACUCCACUCCAGACUCGAAGACGAGGAGAAGUGUGGCAUCUUCCAGCAUCAGCACUGCCACAGCUGGCGCAGCUCAUAACGGCGGACAGUACGAGGAAAUAUUCACGCUUUUCCCUGGAUUUGGAGCAGAGUCUGCGGAUGAGCAGCGAUGGGGGAAUGGACCAUACUAGAGAGGCUCUUGGAGGCUGCUGUCCAGCAGCACUCCACUAUGAUCGGAAGGAUCCUGCUCACUGUGGUGGUGAUCUUCCGGAUCCUAAUCGUAGCUAUAGUGGGAGAGACAGUGUAUGACGACGAGCAGACCAUGUUUGUCUGUAACGCCUUGCAGCCGGGCUGCAACCAGGCGUGCUACGACAAAGCGUUCCCCAUAUCUCACAUCAGAUAUUGGGUUUUCCAGAUCAUAAUGGUCUGCACGCCGAGUCUCUGCUUCAUCACGUACUCGGUCCAUCAGUCGGCCAAGCAAAAGGAGCGACGUUACUCCACCGCCACCGUCCUCCUCUCGCUGGAUAAUAAGGAGCAGGAUUCCCUGAAACGAGAGGAGGCCAAGAACCAAAAGAUCAAGAACACCAUCAUGAACGGAGUACUGCAGAACACGGAGAACUCCACCAAAGAAGCCGAGCCCGAUUGUCUGGAGGCCAAAGAAAUGGCCAGCUCGGGCACAAAACCGGGCAAGUCCAAAAUGAGACGGCAGGAGGGCAUUUCCAGGUUUUACAUCAUCCAGGUGGUGUUCAGAAACGCUCUGGAAAUCGGCUUUCUGGUGGGCCAGUAUUUCUUAUAUGGAUUCAACGUCCCUGCUGUGUACGAGUGCGAUCGAUACCCAUGCAUCAAGGAGGUGGAGUGUUAUGUCUCCAGACCUACGGAGAAAACCGUGUUCCUCGUCUUCAUGUUCGCGGUCAGCGGCUUUUGCGUGAUCCUCAAUCUGGCCGAGCUCAAUCACUUGGGCUGGAGGAAGAUCAAAACGGCCGUGAGGGGCGUGCGGGCCCGCAGGAAGUCCAUCUACGAGAUCCGGAACAAGGAUUUGCCCCGGAUGAGUAUGCCCAAUUUCGGCCGCACUCAGUCCAGUGACUCCGCCUACGUGUAACGGGUGUGUAACGAGAACCCGAAGCCCGCGCGCCGCCGAGAUCGAGACCGUGGACAAGUCCUGUCGCCACGUAAGGUUCAUGCAUUGCAAGAACACGGGGUAGGACUUUUUUGUUACUGUUUUAAAGACUCCAUUGGCAACUGUGGACGACAAACACGUUUCUAAAGCGGUUCACUACUGAAUAAUGCAACUUUUUAGCAACGUUUGUACUCUGAGACGUACACAAAGAGCAAAUGCUGAUACCUGAAUGCGUAAUGCCUCUCUAAAAGCUGCGGUGACACUUGACAUGACACUGUCCGUGUUGCACACAGUGCAUGCUAUAUGAUUCAUUACGGUAAAACUACAAGCAGCUCCAUGACAACUGCUGUGACAUGAGCACUGACAUGUGAAGUGUGACCGAACCAGCUGCUCUACUGUACUUGAAGGGAAUAAAUGUGUCUUGCACUAAAAAGUGAACGUGAUGCUGACAUAAUAUCGCACAUCGGGAGAGUCUCGACACACCAUUCAUGUAUCAAACACUAUCGCUUCUGCUAUGGUUUCUUUCUUUUUGGUUGCCUGUACCGCACCAUUGACCUUAACGUAGGCUAUGUGAUGAGCUCCAUUGCAAAUAUGCUGUUGUGUCCUUGUGUGUGUGUGUGUGUGUGCGUGAGCAGGGGUGAAUUUGCUGCAAACGCUUAAAGUCUGUGAUGAUUUCCUUAAUUUCAACACCAAAGCGCCCUCUGCUUUCAUUUGUGACGUGUUUUUUCGUGCUUAAGUGUAAUCAAGUGCCAUACUUGUAUAUAAAUAUAUGCAUAUAUACAUAUAAAAUCUAUUCUGAAGAAUAUAACCAUAUCCAUAAAGCAGAUUUAUUGCUUAAAUUAUGCUUACUGCGUCCAGACUUGCUUUAGCUCUAUUUGCUGUAAAUGAACUGAAAAUGGCAUAAUGCAUUCUUCCUUCUCUUUCAUUUCGAACAACGGCCAGGUGGAAAUAAAGUGCUGGUCUUUUUCGACACAGGACAGCCAUCUUUUCUCACUAACAAAUGACAGAACAGUGUUUCAGCAAUGUUUUGUGCUCUGGUGCUGGUUUUUCCUCCCAGCACUUCCAGCAAUAUUUGUAAGCCGAAUAGGUUUUUUGGGGGGGGGAUGGGGGGGAUUUAUGUACUAUUAAGUGAAA